CCUGAAGCGACGAAAGUUGUACAGCAUCAUUUUCCUUGCGACAGAUACCCCCCAAGCGAACCUCCCCGGACGAUCUGACGAAUUUCAUCUACGGUCCAACUCUUUGCAAAAUCGGACAGAGGAAACUCACAUUCUACCAAUCGAAACGAAAAAGAGAAAAACAGAAGCCAAUCUUCAAGAUGGGCUUCUCCAAGCCAGGCAAGUCCAUGGGGGCUUCGCUCACAAACAAGACGUCCAACAAGCUCAAGCGCAAGGAGAUGUACGUCCUGCAAAAGAAGGACAAGGAUAAAGCCCAGCGCGAGAUGCGCUUCCGCCGCAAGAAGGAGGAGGACAAGAACCCCGAGCUCCGCGCCGCCCGCCUCGCAAAGAACAAGCCCCAGACCAUCGACAGCAAGCGCGUCUGGGACGACGUCGACGACGACAGCCUAGGCAAGGUGGUGGAUGUCGAGAGACUCAAGAAGAAGAGGAUAGAAGAGGAGGAGAACGCCGCGCUGGAGCAGGAGCUCGACGCCGAGGAUGGCGAGGACGAUGACGAGGACGACGACAGCGAUAACGACAGCAUGCUCGACGACGAGGAAGACGAGGCCGCCGCCGCGGAGAAGAAGGCCGAGAGGGAGGCGCGGCGCGAGGAGAAGCGCCGCGCAAAGAGGGACUCCUCCGCCGCGCCCUCGACGACCUCGACGAACCUCGACCUUACCCCGUCCUCCCUCGCCCUCAAGUUCCCCAGCCUCUUCUCCGAGGACGCGCCCCCGCCCCCCAAGAUCCUCAUCACCACCUCCCUCAACUCGACCCUCCACCACGAGGCCAACAUCUUCCGCACCAUCUUCCCGAAUUCCACCUACGUGCCCCGCUCCGCCCACCGAUACGGCCACAAGUACUCCCUCCGCGAGAUCUCCAAAUUCGCCGCCAAUCGCGACUACACCGCCGUCGUCCUCCUUAAAGAAGACCAGAAGAAGCUGACGGGCAUGUCCAUCGUCCACCUCCCCGUCGGACCCACCUUCACCUUCACAAUCACAAACUUCAUGGAGGGCAAGAAGCUCCCCGGCCACGGAAACCCGACGAACCACUACCCGGAGCUCCUCCUCAACAACUUCAAGACCCCGCUCGGCCUGCUCACCGCCGCCCUCUUCCAGCGCCUGUUUCCCCCGCAGCCCGAGCUCGAGGGCCGCCAGGUGCUUACGGUGCACAACCAACGCGACUAUCUCUUCUUCCGCCGCCACCGCUAUGUCUUCCGCGAGAAGCGCGAGACGGAGAAGAACAUCACCACCGCCGAGGGCUCCGAGAUGAAGGGCGUCGAGGGCAUCCGCGUGGGCCUGCAGGAGGUCGGCCCGCGCUUCACGGCCAAGCUGAGAAGGGUGGAUAAGGGUAUCGGCAGGGCGGGCAGCGAGGGCGAGGAGUCGCAGCCGUGGGAGUGGAAGGCCAGGAUGGAGAAGGACCGCAAGCGGUUCCAGUUGUAGAGAGAGCUUUUCGUGUGGUCUUCGGUCACCUCGGUCGCUGCGGAUGUCGGGGUGUCAGGUACAGUGAUGCAUUGUAUUGUUGGCCAGGGGGUACCCCGUACGGCGUUAUUUAUAUGGCUUAAAAAAAAAAGGGUAGACUGGGCUUUUAGACAUGUCAUGUCGCGUAUCACCACAAAAGAAAGAGGCAUAAAGAUGCGCCGGGUUUUGGUUGGAAAAUAAAGGAAGUA